UUAUAGACCAUUGACAUAGGAAAUAUUUCUAUCUCAAUGUUAUAGAUACAGUCGAUUUACAAAGAAAGAAUAAAGCACACUACCUAUUCAUAUGUGUGACUGUUAUGACUGUUGUAGCCGACAGUAGGCAGUUGUUGUAGGUACCUUCUAUUGUGCGAAUUAGACUUGUGAUGUGUAGUGUUAGUGUACACAAUUUUACACGUUAUAGUGUUUCUAGCAUCUUGGUAUUAUGCUGAUACUCUACACCAACACCAAACCUAUUUAUCUUGUCAUGUCAACUUCUGAUUGUGGACGUAAACGUAGUGCUUAUAUUCUCUUUCAUUGUGGAUUGUGAGUGUGAUUGUGAAGUUUGUUCGUCGGUCUAACUUUAAUCAGAAUUACAAAAAUGGCUUUAGUUGCAUACGAAAACAGUGACUCGAGUGACUAUGAGGAGGAAGGGAAUAGUGAUUCCACAAUCGCGGUUUUCAACAACAAAACUGAAAUUAAGCACGAUCCUGAUCCAGCAGUUUUAAAGCAUGUAAAAACAAUAGAGGAUGAACAAGAGCCAGAGCCUCAAAAAAAUGAACAAAGCUUAUUUAAUUUCUUACCACAACCAUCAAAACAGAAACCAGCUGUUAUUGAAGAGGAUGAUGAGUUCCUACACAAGAAAGAAACAACAAAUGUUGUUAAACCUAAAGCCAGGAUAACAGUACCCUCCCUGAACGAUUUCAAAGACGUCAAGGACAGCCCCAUUAUUGUUAAAUCAAGAGUACCAGCUGAUAAAAAAUCUGGCUUGCUAAGUAUGCUGCCGCAGCCAAGGAAUGGAGUUAAGUCUACUACAGUGUCAUUAAUACCACAAGUACUCAAAAAGAAGCCUGAAAUUCCUGUAAAGAAAGUACCAUUACCUACACCACCUAAAAAAUGUAAAGUUGAUAGCACACCUCUUGUGAGUGAAUACUCAGAUGAGAGUGAUAGUGAAGAUCUGCAGAAUGACUUCUUCUCAAUACACAAACCUGUAGAAUUACCUGAUGCUGUGCAACUACCUUUAGACAUAGAUCAUAAUACUAAGAAGCACGACAAACAUCAAGGCAUUGAGUCUUUCUUCAAAAAGGAGGAAGACAUGAAACAUGUGGUAUUGGAGCCAGACUAUGAUCAAAGCGUAGAAGAACAGGCUGCAGGUGGUUCUAGUUAUGAUGCUGCUGCAUAUGGUGCUGAGGGUUCCAACAAUGAUGUACUACUUAAUGAAGAAGCUAUCCUGAAGCUGUGUGGUGCUCGUGGCAAACGGAAACGCGAGGAGAUUCAGAUAGUAGAUGUGAAUCAAGCAGAGGUGUUGGCGAAUGCGCGGGAAAUGCUGAUGAAGGGAUUGAUGGACGACACGACUAAGCGUGUGUCUGCUAGUAAAAAGAAAGGAAAUGAGCCAACCACGCAACAGAGGAGAAAGCACCAAAUCACAUAUUUGGCUUAUCAGGCCAAAGCAAAUGAAGCAGAAUUACAGAACCAAUGGGCCAACAACAGGAUGUCAAAAAGACAAACACAAGCCAAAUAUGGUUUCUAGCACAAGACCACUCGGGUCGGGGAGGGUUCCAUGACACAUGGGUAUUGUCUGUGAUUGAGACAAUAUUCAAACCACCCAUUUGUAAGCCUUUGACUGCCGCCUGUGAAUAAUAUAUAUUGAUGUCAUUUUAAAAAUAAUAAAUAAUACUUCUGUGAAAC